UGUCGUAGUCGUAAUAAAUCGUAGGGUGGCGUAAAUUUUAGGUCAUCUGUAAAAAAAAGUUAUAAGAUAGAUAAAUAAAUUAUUUCAAAAAGCUUUUUUUCAAAUGACCUUAGUUUAAUCGAUUCAGGCGAUGUUAUAUAAGGCAGGCUAUUAAACAAUCUAUAAGGUCAACACCCUCUGACAAGCUACCUAUGUCACCAACCAACUCACACCCGAGGCUAAAGAUUUUGUAAGUAGGUAUAAAAUGUAUCGACGCGGUCACGUUGUCACAUUCAAGCUUAACUAAGUAACCACAAUGGCAGCUAAAUUCUUCGUGGUCCUCUCUCUGGCCGUAGCGGCGUCCGCCGUCCCCCUGGUGCCGGUGGCCAAAGUAGCGUACGCGGAGGUGGAGGCGCCCGCUCACUACGAGUUCCAGUACUCCGUGCACGACCAACACAGCGGCGACAUCAAGGAACAGAAGGAGGCGCGCGCAGGCGACGCCGUUCAGGGCUCCUACUCGCUGCUGCAGCCCGACGGCGUGCAUCGCAUCGUCGAGUACACCGCUGACAAGGAGCACGGCUUCAACGCCAUCGUGCGCUACGAGGGACACCCAGCGCCCGCGCCCGCCAAGCUCGCCUACGCCGCCCCUGUCGCCAAGGUCGCUUACUCCGCCCCUGUUGCCUACUCCGCCCCCGUCGCUAAGGUCGCCUACGCCGCCCCUGUCGCCAAAGUAGCCUAUGCCGCCCCCGUGGCCAAGGUGGCAUACAGCGCGCCUCUCGGACACGUCACCUUCGCAUCCCCGGCCGUCUCCUACCACCACUAA